AUGGGUGGAUCCGUAUCGAGAGCCUUGCUUAAAAUCUUUGGGAAUAAGGAGAUGCGCAUCCUCAUGCUUGGUUUGGAUGCUGCCGGGAAGACGACUAUUCUGUAUAAACUUAAGCUUAAUCAAUCUGUGACGACUAUCCCCACUGUCGGUUUCAACGUCGAAACUGUGACUUACAAGAAUGUUAAAUUCAAUGUCUGGGAUGUCGGCGGUCAGGACAAGAUUCGCCCUCUGUGGCGUCAUUAUUAUACUGGGACGCAAGGUCUCAUCUUUGUAGUUGAUUCUCAAGAUCGCGAUCGAAUAGAUGAGGCACGUCAAGAAUUACACCGAAUUAUUUCAGAUCGUGAAAUGAGAGACUGUUUGUUACUAGUGUUUGCUAAUAAACAAGAUUUACCAGGCGCAAUGUCGCCCGCUGAAGUUACCGAAAAACUCGGUCUGCAUCGAAUGCGUGAUCGAUCAUGGUAUGUCCAUCCAUCUUGCGCCACAUCCGGCGAUGGAUUAUUUGAGGGUCUUAACUGGUUAAGCCAGAAUGCUAAGACAAAGUAG